UAUUAUGAUGAUAAUCAAUGAAUAUCUUACAUAGAUUACCAUAUAUAUCCUCGGGUUACAUCAGUGUCAAAUAUUUACAAAUUUGUACCUCAAUAAUCAAUCCACCAUGACAUGUGCAUACAUUAAUUCAUAGGAUACUAUUUGUACCAGUACUAUACAUACUUGUACAAAAAAUGUUUAUAGUUCGGAGAAAACAGGGUGAACCUUCUGUCUUGACGACAUUCAAGUCCUACAUUGACGAGGAUGAGGACAACGAAAAAGAUGACAUGAAGGAGCGAGCCUCAUCAUUCUUCCAAACAGAUCUGUCUCCUAGACUUCUAUCUGGAGAAUGCAAGAUAGCAGAGGCAGACAAGACAUUAAGUUUUAGUGCCUUUACUGACAGAAAGUCUGGAGUCUCAGGGAAACUGUUUGUCACUAACUUCAAAGUUACGUUUGUCACUGAGGAUAGAUCAUCAUAUGAAGGGUCAAAUAGUAGACAAAGGAAUUUAUUGAUGGGUGAUUUUGACAUUCCACUAACUUCAAUAGAUACUAUUUAUCAAGAAAUAGACGAUGAUCCAUCACCAAAGAUUAUAUCUGGAGGCAGGAGAAGAAAGUUAUCACCAGGAACAACUGUCAGUAGUUAUACUAAGUAUAUAGAGAUACAUUGUAAGAAUUUUAAUGUCCAUGUUUUUGGAUUAAAGUUCACACCAAGAGACCAGAACAAAAUGAUAGUAAACACAAUAUUACACUAUGCAUACCCUACAAAGUCCUCACUACUGUUUGCCUUUUAUUACGGAAAAGAACAGCAGCAUUUCAAUUUUGGCAGUUCUGUAGACACCCCCCUGUUUGAUAGUCCAACUGACUGGGAAAGAGAGAUAAACCGCUGUAGAUGUUCUAAUAAAUGGUGGGUGACAGAUGUCAAUGCCAAUUACGACAUGUCUACAAGUUUACCAGAAAGAUUUGUUGUUCCAUGUGGGUUGCUGAACUUUGACCUCAAGAAAGCUUCCACACAUUUUGUAGAUAGAAGAAUACCAACAUGGUGUUAUACACAUACCAACGGUGUAAGUCUGGUUAGAAUGGCCAACCUGUUACCUCAGACUGAUGUUGCUACAUUUGAAGAAAGGGAAUACACUACCAAGAUGUUGUUAACAGCAGUACAAAUGGCAGACAACAAGGGUCCUCCAGAAAUCAUAGACCUCAAUAAGUCAUGUCCGUCACUUAAAGAUUUACAGAACAGCUAUGAAAAGUUAAAAGAAUUAUGUUUAAUAGAUUCUGAAAAGGACUUUUUAGUACAAGAUAUAAACUGGAUGUCAAGUUUGGAAAACUCUAAAUGGCUAUCAUUAGUAUCCCAGUGUAUGGCUGUUUCUAUAGAGACAAUGGAUACUAUUGUCAAUAAACAAAAGACAGUUGUGAUUAAAGAAUUUGACAGCAGGAACUUUGCUUGCCUUGUGUCUAGUCUUUCUCAGAUUCUGAUGGACCCUAACUUCCGUACACAAGUAGGAUUCCAAUCCUUGGUACAGAGAGAGUGGGUUAUGAUGGGACACCCAUUCCAGAAACACAAUAACUUGAUACAGCAAGGCAACAGUGAAAGGGUGCCAGUGUUUUUGUUAUUUUUGGAUUGUGUUUGGCAACUACUUCAACAAUUCCCAUCGUCCUUUGCAUUUACUGAGACAUAUCUAACUUCCGUGUGGGACAGUGUACAAAUUGGACUUUUUGAAUCAUUUCUGUUUGAUAGUCCUCAUCAGAGGUCAAGGUUUAAUGUGGACAACCGAGUGAUGCGUCAGUUCCGACUUCCACCUGUUUGGAGUUGGAAUGUCCAGUUUAGUCAAGACGAUCAAGCAGUGUUUAAUAAUCCACUUUAUAUACUGAAAUGUAAAUCUCAAAUGAACGGUCCUGUAAAAGACACAAUGUCUGACAAAAGCAGUUUGAAUGGCAGUCUGACUAGGAAUACUAGCUAUGUUUUUAAGUUGGGAAAAUAUUAUGAUGACAUUAAUGCAGACAUUUUUUCUGAUGAGCCUUCUCCUAUUUUAAAUCCAAUAAUUGGUGAAUCUGUGAUAAAACUGUGGAGCCAGUGUUACCUAAGAUGGCAGACCCCGGCACAGAUUGUAGGGGGAGGUAACCCCGCUCAGUAUUUUCAACAAUGUAUCAUGAUGGAAGAAAUUAUCCACCUCCAACAUAGACUGUCGUCACUGAAUUCCAAGUGUCAUCAACGUAGACCGAGUAGUAAUCUUAUUUUUAGUUCAGACAAACCGAAGGACCAACAUGAUAAUAUGUUGGACAGUACUUAUUUGACUUCAUCAUUUCCAUUUUCUUCGGGUCCGAGAGCACAGAACAAACCAUCGUUAAUUUUUACACCUAUAAGUGUCUACUUACAGAACAGUGCGAUCGACAAUGAUUACAGAGAUUCUGAAGAUUAAACUGUACUAAUUAUCUCCUCUUGAUUGCAGAGAUUCUGAAGAUUAAAAAAGUACUAAUUAUCUCCCCUUUCAUAGAUUUUAUUCAGUAGGACUUUUGUAGCAAAAUAAUGUAUUUAGUGGGAGGAUAUGAUUUUCAUUUUGUUUGCAAAACAUGCAAAUUGGAUACCGGUAUAUUUUGAUAUUUUAAAGGGACAUUAUAUUAAACAAACAUUCAUUAUUUUCAACAGCUCUCUAAGAGUUAAUUCUGGGUAUAAAAUUUUUGUCAGACAUAUUGAAUUUCAAAUUUUAUUGAAAUAGGCAAACUUUAGUGGUGAAAUACAGUUCAUUUUCAUUGAAAUCGAUAUUGUCUGAUCUUAUACCUUUGUUCUGUAUACCAAUAUAGAGAAAGUUUUGAUUUAUUUAAAGAUUUGUAGAAUCUGGUGGAAAGGGGGAGUAACUACAAUUAUUUCAUUUUACAAUUGAUUGUUGUAGACAGUUACAUAUUAAGGUAUACAGAAUUAUUAAAAAAAGUUUUAAGAAAAUGCUAUUUCAAAAUUCAGUUAUCCUUUCUUUUUUCUUUUCACAUAAUGAUAAUUUUUGAUUUACCAAUGAAUUCCUAACAAAAUGAGUUAACUUUGCAUAAAUAUGAGCUUUAAAACAAAUUUAUAUUUUUAUAACAACUUUUUUUAGCAAAAUUUGUAAGCAAAUUUAUAAUUUUUGUUUAGAAGCUGAGGUGCAUGAAACUUAGGUCAAAGUGAUUGUAGGCAUCCAGAAUCAUGGAUAGAUAAGUGAGAAAUCCCAUUUACACAGAUUUUUGUACUAAAUAUAGUACACUUUCUACCAUCCAGGUCCUUUAAAAAAUAUUCAUACAUUUUAAAACCUCAUAUUACAAAGGGAGGUAUGAUAAAACCCCCUUUUUCUCUCAGAUAUUAGUAUUUAUAUUUUGAAUUUUGUCUUACAGAUUAGCAUUAGGGCUUCAAAAUUCUUACAUUUAUUGCAAAACAUCAUGAACUGCCAAAGUAGCCUUAUUUGAGAUCUUGUCAUAUCAUUUUUGUAAUUUCAGGGGUCAAAAAAUAGUUCUUAUCAUACCUCAUCCUUUGUAGCCAAGAUGAAAAAAAAUUAACUCACACAUUCCAAUUGUAGUUUUUAUAUUUUUGAACAGAAUGAUUCAAAAGAAUGAUAAAAAAUACACUGUUUUAUCCAAAUCAAGCUCAAAAUUGAUUGGAUGAAUCUGUUCAGGCUGUUUGAGUUUACUAUGCUUGUUUUCCCUCCAGACAAUUCCAUAAAAUCAGGAAUUAGUUUGAAAUUUGCAAAUUUAUAUUAAUAUUGUUUGUUUCAAGGUUCAUUGUUACAUCAUAAACAUUUUGCAUCAUAAAUUAAAGUGAAGAUGUCAUGUAAUUAAUUGAUCCCCAUAUUAUCAGUAUAUGUGGAUUGAACAAUGUACGACAUGCAUACAGUUAUUCUUUUGAUUGUUCAAAGUGUGUUAUUUUCUAGUACAUUGUGAAACAAUCUUUCUUUAUUCUAGUUGAAUAUAGAAAAAAAGUCAUGUUAUUAUUCUGUAAUCGUUUGCAGUUAUUUCAUUUUAUGGGAUUUUUUUUAUUUAAAAGUUACAAGUCACAUAUGUAAGCAAGAAUUAGAAUAUUUCCACUAUGUUCAGUAUAGUUCAGUUGUAGACCAUGUUUCUUUUACACUAGGGGUUCAUCUUAAAGGAUUUGAAUAGCUGAUAUUAAAAAACUAAUCUCUUCUUAAAUGUACUCAUUGGAUCUAAGUUAAACUGUUAUGGUUUUCUAUCUUAUGUGUAGUUAUGUAUUGUCCACAAUGGAUUCUACAAAACAGGUUUAAGAUGAAAAUGUAAAAUGGCUGUAAUAGAACCAACCCACUAAUUAUGCUUUCAAAAAUAAGGUCAGGGUGAUACCCUACAAUGGAUACUUAGUCUUUCUGGUAACAGUUUGCUUGAAAUAACUCAACAGCAUUUUAUUCUACCUGCAUUGCUAUUGUUAGAUGGGACAGUCUGAAACUUAAAGGGGCAUUAGCUACGAGAUAUAAAAAACUAAACUAUUAUUUUUUUUUGUUCAAUCAUUUAAGAAAGUGAAAUAAUGAAAUAAUAAUUCGCUUUUAACAACCAGAUUGGUUCAGUUUCGUCAAAAUAAGCAAAGAAACAUCGCUAAUGAUAUAUAUUCACUUGCAAGUGAAUAAGUCGACCUCGUUGAAUCCGUAUUCAUGUGAACUUUAAUUGAUCCCUAUAGCUAGAGAUAGGUUACACAUAAACUAGGCGUGUUCAGCUAUUAAAUGGAAAAGAGUGUAAACAUUGAAAGUGAAACAAGGGUAAACCAUUUGGUUGACUGAUUUGAUCUCGCAAAACUCAUUCUUAUACAGGUAGAAAUGAUUAUUAACAUAUUUAUUUAUCCUAUAAUAUGAAAUCACACAGACCUAAAAAAAUCCAAUUGCAUGAGUUCGCAAUUUAUUUAUAUCUAUGUUUAUGUUUAUAUCAGGUUAUAUGACUGUCAGCAGUCUACAAAGGUCACCUUGAUGGUUAAUUAGAAAGCAUCUAGACUAAAAUACACACAAAAUGCUGAUACAUACUAUCGAGUCUAUGCAUCGUAAAUUGAUUAUUUUAGACUUUUUAUAAUUUGAAUAUCCGUUUAAGUAUGUUAUGAGUCGAAUAUGAGAAUUUGAGUCAAAUCGGUGAACAUAAAUUUGACAGCUAAUGCCCCUUUAAGUGAUUGAAAUAAUUGUUUUGAGCACUGAGCCAAUUUAUCAUUUUGAUAUUUAUUUCCAUUUAUGUUUGUUUAGGUGCUAUUAGAUAUCCUUAGUUAUUUUAGUGAUGAUUUAGUUUAUUUAAGUGUAUUGUAUUUGGAGAAUGUAAAUAACCCUGUUAAAAUAUUUUGUUAUUCAAGAGUACCGGGUACUAAAACAUCCCUAUUUUAAAUUUACAUUGACCCAUGGAAAAUGUAAUCGCUGGGUAUUAAAUUUUAGUGAUUUUUUUCUCCUAUAUGACUUUGGGUAUAAACCAUAUGAUAAAAUAAAGAUGUUUAUAAAGGUGUUAUGCAUUAGUAUUUAUACAAUGAAAAUGGUCAUAUUUUCACAUUUUAAAUGUAAGCACAUUGUGUAUUAUUAUUUAUAAUCAUGUACAUGUUUAUGAUAAAACAAUAAUAUAUUUUAUAUUUUGUUUCUGUUGAUCAGUUACUUAUUCUCAUUUAAAGUUAAUUAUUUAUGUAAAAAAAUAAACCAUUUUUGUGGUAUGAUAAAUAAAAAAAUAUAAUGAAA